CGCACCCACCCCACCGGCAUCUCAUUCUCCCCCACCCACGACUCCCGCCACCACCGAUCAUCAGACGUAGAGAUAUUCUCUCCGGUCCGGCCAGUGCAAGAAUCGCAGCCAACCAUCAGCUAGCCGUGAUCGAUACGAUACGGUCGAUCGGGAUGGAGCUGGAGCUCGGUCUGGCGCCGCCGAACAGCACCGGCCGUUCCGACAGGAAGAGGGGCUUCGGCGAGGCGAUUGAGGAGGAGGACGCCGCGCCCACGACGCUGCCGCUGUUCGACGACGGGAGCAGCAGCAGCAACAGCGGCGGGAGCAUCAUCAAGAACAGCAAGAAGCCCGCGCUGGUGGGGUGGCCGCCGGUGAGCUCGGCGCGCAGCAGGGUGUCCAGCAGCGGGAGGCACGUGAAGGUGCGGAAGGAGGGCGCGGCCAUCGGGCGGAAGGUGGACCUCUCCCUCCACGGCUCCUACGGCGACCUCCUCGCCACGCUCGCCCGCAUGUUCCCCGCCGACCAGGCAGGCUGCGUCGGUACGAGCGACGAGGAGACCAUCGCGGAUGGUGGCCGUGGAGGUGGAGCCGACGGUCUCGUGGUCACCUACGAGGACGCGGACGGGGACUGGAUGCUCGUCGGCGACGUGCCGUGGGAGGAUUUCGCGCGGUCGGUGAAGCGUCUCAAGAUUUUGCUCUGAGCCUCUCAUUGACCACCACAUGACGCUAGAUUCUGAGAAUGUUUUUUUCCUGUGAGGUUUCGGCUAUGCAUCUUCAAACCUUGUGCUACAGGCAUCUUGUAAUACUACGAAUGAAUAUAUAAAAUAUAUACUCCUUUUCCUUCUUC